CAGUAUAGCCAGCUGGGAUAGCCAGCCGUGGACGAGCCGUCACUCGCUCCUCACUCCUUGUCCCGUCAACACAGCUGGGACAAGCCUCGCGUUGCAAUGGCUUUGCUUCAGCUGUUUUGCGUCCUAGCUUGCGUCCUCACGUUGGGAUGUGGGAGCUACGUGAUCACGACGCCUCGAUCUUGGACCAGCGAGACGUCCCAAGUGUGCAUUUCCAUUACCGACCCUUCGGCACCCGCAGGGGCACUCGAUCUCAGGUUGAGCUACAAGGACUGGGGGUCCCCGAAGUUCGACGAUGUUGUCUCUUUGGCCAACUCCACCAUCGAUGUUCCAGAAGGGACGAGAGACAAAUGCUUCGACGUCGAAGUGCCAAGUACAGACCGCUAUAGCGUACAAUUACAGCUGCUUGGCACUGUCGCUGGUGCCGCAAUCAACCGAACAGUGCCACUUAGCCUCAAAAAGACCCACGAAAUCACCUUUAUUCAGACGGACAAAUACCUGUACAAACCCGGUCAGAAUGUCAAGUUCAGGGUCCUGACCUUACAGGGACCGGAGAUGAAGGUUUCGACACGGCAGUACGUGUCUGUGUGGGUUACAUCCCCGACCCGCACUCGCAUCGCCCAGUGGAAGAAGGUUGACAACACGCCUGGUCUCCUGCACCUUGACUUCCACCUGGCAGAUGAGCCAGAGAAGGGGAUUUACACCAUACAAGUCAAGACACAACAGGAUAACACUGAACAACAGACCUUUAAGGUGGAAGAGUUUGUGCUGCCAAGAUUCGAAGUGAAGAUCAAGCCGCCUAAAUACAGUUUGGCUUCAGAUGAGGCUUUUACCUUUACUGUAUGCGCAAGCUAUACCUUCGGCCAGCCCGUCCGGGGUAACUUAUCCUUCACAGUCGACAACAAGAACAGAAAUAAGUGUCUCGCUAAAGUGACUAAAAAUCUUGCGAUAUCCGGCUGCAGUGAAGUGACGGUGACAUCAGAGGAGAUGAAAGUUACUAACUGCAGAGUACACAGCCUAGACGCCACCGCCCGGGUGGUCGAGGCGGGUACUGGAGUGGAGAUAACAGCUGAAUCUCCCUAUUUCCCCAUCACCCGAACGGCUGUCAUCUUCAAGACACUCUACGAGGACAAAUACGUCAGGCCUAACCUUCCCUACAUUCUCAAGCUACGAGCGGAGCUGCCAGAUGGUUCUCCUGCAGGUGGUGUGCCGGUGGAGGUGUGUGCAUCUGGCAGGUGUAACAACAUGACAACAGCGCCAGACGGACUCUUCACAACCAUCCUGCCUUCCUACAACACAAACAGGGUCUUCAUGAAAACUUUAAACUGCCGAGCGAUGAUGGAUCAGUCAUCGUUCACCAAGGACUUGGAGCACUACUUCUCGCCCUCCAACUCGUCCCUGUUGAUCCACGCCCCGGAGGGCAAGCUUAAAUGUGCCUCCGGAGAGGGCCAAGACCUCCUCCUGCCUGUCUUCUUCUCCGCCUCCGGCCAGACGUCCGCCAUCUUCACUGUCCAGGUUGUGUCGCGAGGAAAAGUGCAGUACAUGAGCAGCAAGGAGUACCAGCUGAGCAGUGGGGAGCUGCCCAUUAAUGUGGAGCACCUGGUGGAGCCUCUUCCCCCUCCCCUUCCUAACACCACCAGGGGAGUCGUUAACAUCAAGGUCAACAUCCCCCUAACUGCCUCUCCAAAAGUCAAGGUGCUGGUGUGGUACACCCGUGAGGACGGAGAGGUUGUGGCGGACACCAGGGAGCUGGAGGUGGAGAAGUGCUUGGGAAAUACAGUGAAUCUCGCCUGGUCAGCGUCGCGGGCUCAGCCUGGGCAUGAGGCUUCUCUCUCGCUCUCCACGGAGCCAAACUCCUUCUGUAGCCUGGGUGUGGUGGACAGGAGUUCUGAACUGUUAAUGAAGAACCAUGAUCCCAUAACUCUGGAAAGUCUGUUCCAAUUCACAUCAGGAUUUGAGAUUCAGCCGUGGGUCAACUCCCAGAUCAACACACGCACUUACUGCCAAGAGAAGAACCAGAUGUACAUGGAAACAGAUGAUGGGGCACGAUAUCUUAUAAUUGGUCCACCAGUCUAUUACUACAGCGAUUACGUUGACGCGAUAACUAUGUUUAGUGACGCAGGAGUGUAUGUAUUUAGUGAUAAAACUCUAGAGACAAGACCGUGUGAAGAACAAGUUUCAAGACAUUAUUACAGUGAGAGCCAUUACGGCGCCCCUCUAUCUGGCAUGUCUGGCAUGAGUAUGAACAGGAAAGCUUCAGUGUCGAGUGACAGUAUAAGUUACAGCCAGCGGACCCAUGGGGAGUCGCCAGACGUAGAGGCCGCGCCCAGGAGCGAUUUCCCCGAGACCUGGCUCUGGGAUACCCUUGUAGUACCAUCUUCAGGAGUGAGCACCUUGGACCUGACUCUUCCAGACACCAUCACAGAGUGGGUGGGCAAGGCCGUGUGCGCCCACCCACAGAAGGGCGUGGGGCUGUCCCAGAGGGAAACUAUCACCUCCUUCACUCCCUUCUUCGUCGACCUGACCCUCCCCCCCACUAUCAAGCGUGGAGAGAUCCUUCCAGUCAAGAUGUCUGUCUUCAACUACCUCGACCAACCAAUUCCUGUGACUGUAGAAGUGAGAGAGAGUGCCGAGUACGAGAUCGUGGACGAGGCAGGGAAGCGAAGCUCUUGUCUACCAGCCCAGGACAAAGUCGUCCAUACCGUCAGGAUCAAGCCCCGGGAGAUCGGGGAGGUCAACAUCACGGUGGCAGCGUUCGUAGACCACGAUUACUCCGAGCCCUGUGGCUCUGGGGGCACCUCUAUCGACAGAAGAGACGCUCUGAUCAAGGGCAUCAAGGUUGAGGCAGAGGGCUUCCUAAGGGAGGUGGCCCUAACCAAGUACAUCUGCUCCACAGACUUGGAGACGGGGGAGGACUCUUUAGACUCGUGGGAGCUGGUGACCCCAGAGGUCAUCGUGGAGGGGUCAGAGCGAGCCUGGGUCACAGCUGGAGGUGACCUUCUGGCUCUCUCCCUAGAGAACCUGGGCCACCUGAUCCGAAUGCCGUACGGGUGCGGGGAACAGAAUAUGAUCAACUUUGUGCCUAAUAUCUUCAUCAUGCAGUAUCUGAAGGCGUCUAGACAAGCCACCCCGGAGAGUACCGCCAAGCUCCUCUCUUUCAUGAAGACAGGGUACCAGAGGGAGCUGCUGUACCUUAGGUACGACGGCUCCUUCAGCGCCUUCGGCAAUGCUGACGCCUCAGGGUCUACGUGGCUUACUGCCUUCGUCCUGAAGUCAUUCGCUCAGGCCGAGGAGUUUAUCCUUAUUGACAGGAAGCGUGUGAACAAGACCAGCAGCUGGCUCAGGAAGCAUCAAGGUUUUGACGGCUGCUUUUCGUCUGUUGGAACAGUCUUCAGCAAAGCCAUGAAGGGGGGCAUUGGUGAGAGGAAGAGCGCUGUUCCUCUCACAGCCUACGUUGCUAUAUCACUCCUGGAAGCCGGCGAGGGCCUCACAGCUGACGAAGACCGCUGCAACUCUACGAAAUGCCAGAUCUCCCACUGUCUUGUGACCGACACGUCGUUGGACCCUUACACCCUGGCCCUCAAGGCCUACGCUCUCGCCUUGGCCAAGCUGCCCGAGGCCGAGGUUGUCCUCCAGCAACUGCUCGACCAGGCGGUUGUGGCCAAGAACUCUACAUACUGGCAGCUGCCUAAGGGAUCAGGACAGAGUCGGGGCAUAGCAGUGGAGGUGGCUGGCUAUGCCGUCCUAGCCAUGAUGACCCUUGACCCCGAGGGCCACAGACAACAGGCCCUAAAGGUCAUCAAGUGGAUCACCUCACAGAGGAACGGUCAGGGAGGCUUCUAUUCCACACAGGACACAGUGGUGGCCCUCCAGGCUCUGGCCGUGUUCGAGACCCACUCGUACCAGGGAGCCUUGAACGUGGUAGCAACAGUGACAGCUAGCAGCCUGAGCCACGCCUUCACCGUCACCGACGACAAUAAACUCCUUCAGCAGUUGGUGAAGCUUCCUUCUCUCCCCACUAAGGUCUCCUUCGCCCUGGACGGGCAAGGGUGUGUCGUCAUACAGGGUGUUCUGCGUUACAACAUUCCUGAGGCCGAGGCUAGUGACGCCUUCAGCAUGACAGUCACCGCCAUCACGGCGCCAGAUGUCAAGUGCGUCACUAAACGCGUCACUGUGUGCGCCGCCUACCGUCUCCCCGACGGCAGGUCCAACAUGGCCGUCACUGAGGUGGAUCUCGUCUCCGGUUACAUCCCAGAGAAAGAAGAUCUGAAGAAGGUGGUUAGAGAGGACGUCAACGUUAAGCGAUAUGAUGUAGAUGGGAGCAAGGUUGCUUUCUACAUUGAAGGAUUAGCGGCCAAUAGCACGUGUAUAAAGUUCCGUGUGAUUAGAGAAAUCGAGGUAGAGAAUGUGAAGCCUGGCUCAGUGCGUCUCUACGACUACUACCAACCAGAGUUCCAGAUCUCUAAGAGUUACACGCUGCCGCCUGUGGAUGAAUGCUCCUAAAACAGUCAGGGUUGAGGUGGCCUCCGUAUAAGCCGGGGCAUAGAUUGGACCGGGUACAACGGAUCCGGAUCACCCGGAUGCAACGAAUUUCCGGAUCACCCGGAUGCAACAAAUCCGGAUCACCCGGAUACAACGUUUUCCUGUUCUGUCAGUGCCACCUUUGCGUCAGACAAUGGCCCCUCGUGUCAAUGUAGGCUUGUCGACAAGCCUACGUUGACCCGAGAGGAAACUGUCUGCCAUAAAGGUGACACUGACAUCACAGGAUGUCUACAUUAUCACAUCUGGAGACAACAAGAAAGGAUCCCACACUCCCCCGACACUCUUAGCGUUUAGGGCGCAUCCGAUCCCACGAUCGUCGUCGCCCCUAACUCAACAACAACAACUCUUAGCGUUUCUACUCUCUCUCUCUUUCUCUCUCUCUCUCCAGUUACUCUGCUUCUCAUAUUUAAUUUCACAUAUUAUAACUGAUAUCACCUGGUUCCUAUAUUAAUUAAUGUUCCAUGUCUCAGCUGGCUAAAAGUGGAUAGGAAGCAUCUAUAUUAAAAACUGUAUUGACUACAUAUUCUCAUAUUAAAUAUCAAAAUAAAAAUAAAAUUUAAGUUCCUUAGAGAACCAAAUUUAUAUUUUUAAUUAGGAAAUACAUUUUUUGGGACAUGACAUAAGAUCUGUGAUUUAUUUUACUGCCAAGUUCUAUAUUUGUUUAGUAAAACAACUAAGUUAAUGGUUUUCUUCAUGCCUCGCCAUGCAAACAAAUGUAUAAUAAAACAAAAAAAUGC